AUGGAUACGACUUUACCGAGUAUAAAGCAAUACUUUAUCACACCACUAACUCCAAAAGAAGAAGGGGUCAUGAAUAAAGUUAAUGAAUUACUUCAUGGAAGCUCAACGGAUAUAGCGCGGGCAUAUACAUUUCUUCACGACGGCAUUGCACGCCCUGCUUUUGUCCAACUACUUUUGAAAGUAAACCCACUGCUUUACACCUUCACGUUGCAAUCAAAACCGAUUGGAGACUGUACUUCUAUUAUUAACUCAUUGCUCAGCUUUUUAUAUCAAAUGAUACAAACCGCUGGAGACGAUUAUAUCAAAUUACUGUUACUCCCUGCGACUAAAAUCUCUAUUUCUUUUGGGUUCUUGUUAUCAGACCACACUCUUGUGAACACCCAAUUGUUGGGACUGCAAGUACUUUCUCUCAUUCCUAUCAACCACGACUUCAUUGAGUUGAUCCCUCCACUCAGCUUUUUGGCUAUCGGACAACACGCGGAAUUGGCUCUCCGCAUUCUGAAGAAGGUCGUCACGACCAAAGAAGCUGUCACUUAUUUUGUCGAAACUAAGUGCGUUGGACAUCUGUGCAUUGCACUCCACACACAAAGUACACACGACAAAGAGGCUUCGCUUGAAAUCAUUGUCUCGCUCUUUAGAGACUGCGACGACAGUUUAAGAGAGAAGAUUGCUACUGAAAUUAAUGAAGAGUCUAUUCUUGAACACGGAUUCUUUGUCUUCACGCAAGGCACUCUAAAGAUGAAGGUCUUUAUGUUAAAUAUCAUUGCUCAUAUGUCAUAUGUCAGCCCAUGCCAGAUGGCUAUAUUUGAGAGCGGGAUAAUGCCCCUUGUUGUGAAGAUGUUAGGAGAGAGUGAGAAUCGUGUAGUGAUGAGUGCUUUAGUAGUCAUCCAGUACAUCACUGAAAGUCAAGUGAAUUGCGACGAGUUUGAGGGAAUUGGCGUGGUGCCCCUCCUCACGAAUAUUCUCAAGAAAUUUCCGGACUCUGUCGAACAGAAAGUCGUGAUCAAUGCGAUGGAGGCUUUAAAGAAUUUGAGUACAAAUGAUACUCUAAUGGAGGAGAUGGUCGUGUUUGAUACACAAAAGGUGAUUGAAGACCUUGGGAAGAAAGAAGGUCUUGUCAAGAGAGUGAAAGACAACAUAGAUUUGGUCACUGUCAAAAUCAAAUCAUUUUCAACUCUUCAAUUUAAAGGGGAAGAAGUCUCUUCACAGGAGCGAGCGACUGCACACGAGUUCUUAGGGAAAGUUUAUAAUGUGUAUAAAUACCGAACUUUGUAUGGAGACUACGACAAAGAAAAAACAGAAGAGCGACUGAGUGCAAUUCGAGAGUUACAAAAAGUCUUUGUGGACCAAUACAACGAAACGUUUGAUAUCAACAAACUCUCGUUUGAUAAUGUGAACGAAUUAAACGUCGACAUUUAUUUGAAUGUCUCUGAGUCUUUAGACCAUUGCGAAGAGACUAUGGACCUUCCUUCAAUGUCCACGAUACUUUUGAGUAAAAUAUCACAAGAGGAUUUGACGAGAUUUUAUAGUCACCGACUUGACUGUGCGAUCAAGAAGAAUACAGAGAACUUUGUAUUCAAGGCUGAACAAAAGCAUUUGAACUUGAUCGACCAAUUUGUUGACGGCUUAGUUGAACCCAUGAAAGAGAUAUGUAGUGUUUCGGACACACAGACAUACUUCAAUGUGAUAGAAAAGGUCCAAACGAUAGUUGGGGGUAUCCAAGAGAGUAUUCCGGCAGACUCUUCAUUUGAAGUGUUCUUGGAUAAGUACAUGGAGGGGAUGGCAUCGAACUCCCUGUACAAGACAUAUGCCAUUUUCAUUAACGCACAAGACAGAAACACGUUUGAGUACCCACAAAAGAUCGCUGAAAUCAUCAAAGCGUACGAAAAGGAGAAUAAAAGUGUUGUAGAUGUCAUGGGAGAAGUGUACCAUCACAUCAAUAAGCUCCACAUGUACUUUGAUGUCUUAACCGUCACCCACAGUUGGUCGAAACUGUCGAAAGCAGUUGAGGAGGGCAAAGACAUUCUUAAAAAGGGCGAACAGGCCCUCCAGAACAUCCUUCAAAAGAUCGAGUUGAAUUACUUGGGCAUAUGCCUCAAGAAGUUAGGAGUUGGGAUCGAAGAGAAUGUUGUCAAGUCACAACAAGUGCUUCUGCGAUAUAAAGGGAUGCAAUUGGUCACAAUGGUACUUGUCGAAACGAAACUUGUGUUCCUUGUGAUGCUCGACAAGAAGUUCCGUAUGCUUGAGGCGUUCCCUGUUAAAGACCUCGAGCUGAUUGGCGUGAUGCAAAGUGACAAAUCGAAUAAAGCCAUAUUCGGAUGUGUUGGAGAGUCGUUUGAUAUCGUUUUCUUUAACUCAAAUGAGCUCUUUGAGUGGAAACAUGUGUUUGGUGACGUUAUCAAAGGUGGGCUUUGUUAA